ACUUGUAGAUGACUACCUAUACUGCUGAAUACAAAGCCAUCUGUAGCUGCAGAGUGGAUCUAACCAAGAAGCUCUCUACGUGUGUCAAUGAGGUAGCUAAAUACUUUUACGUCAGAAUGAAGUACUGACUGACGACCAAUGCCAGACUAUCAUCAGUGCUGAAGACGGUGCUGAGAAGCUCAUGAAGAUUAUUAUUGUUUUCAUCGAAGACCCAGUCAGCACACUGGAUUCUUUUGCCUACUUAGUAACAGCAUUGAAAAGAGGUGGAAACAGAUUCUUUCAAGAAUUUGUCAAAGACAAAAUUGAAGCUAAACAAAGGGAAAUCUACAGGGAGAAAUUUCUCCAAGUGCCGCACGAUUUCCUGGCAUCAAAAUACCACGUUUUCAUCAGCCACAGCCGUGAGGCUGACACCAUGCACACAGUGGACAUUCUUAUGUUGCGACUGAAACAAGAAGGCCUCAGCGUGUUUGUGGACCAACAUAGCAUUCGGCCUGGGGACAAAUGGCCAAUUGAGAUUGCCUCCGCCAUCAAAACCUGCAAAGCCUUUGUUGUUGUGCUCAGUAAACGCUACGUGAGGUCCGUGUACUGCAAUGGAGAGCUGUUCGAAGCAAAAGCUCUUGGCAAGUGUAUAUUCCCAGUGGUGUGUGAGGAUAGUUGGAGAGAUGUGCCUGGAGGUGCUCCUGUGAUGGAGGUGGUGAGAGACGUUCAGGAUGUCUCUCUAGUGGCAGGAAACACAGAGAAUCAACUAACAAGACUGGUCCAAGGUAUCAAAGGAGCUGUGGGACUUUUAUCACCCGUUGCCGUAGAUCCAGACUCACCCACCAACCAGGCUGGGAUUGAAGAGGCUGAGAUGAGUUCUUUACAAGCAGCUGACACCUCCACAGAUGAGGACAGCUCUGAUGAGGCUGGACCAGACUCUCUCCUACAGAAACAUAAAUAUCUCAUAGAUAAAUGUCGUGAGGUUCUCUGCGGAUUAUUGGACCCUUCUCAAGUGAUCCUACAGCUCAGAAAACAAGGCGUAUUCACUCAACUAGACCAGCAGACCAUCCUCGCCAGGCCUACAGAUUUAGAACAAACUGGACAUAUUCUGGAUCAGCUGUUCAGACGAGGACCCCAUGCACUGCACGAGUUUGUCCGAUGUCUCAAAUCCUUCGAGGACAAGUACUCCUCCAUUGCCUACACCCUCCAGCCAGUCAACCAUCGCAUUCUCUGGUUUGCCUCAAGCCCCACACUGGCAGCAGCUGUUGUACACACGUUGGAGGAAUACAAUGCAGCCAAAUUUCCAGAAUUCCCCGGGAAAAUGGGACCAAAAAGCAAGUACAUUGUGAGGAGAGCGUCUGUUUUCGUGAAAUGGAUUCCAGUUGAAGAUUCUGAUUUGGACGAUAGUUUGGACAUUUUUGAUUGUGUUGACGAUAUUGAAGUGUGCCUAGUGUUCCCCACGGCCGAGAGAAGUGGUCAUGUGACUGAGGCCAUGACGGCUGCAUUUCAGGAGUGCCCCCGUCCGUCUAUCGCUGUGAUGAGUGGAAUGUGUGAGGGUGUGGAUGUGAGGGCGUUAGACGGUGGCAGUGAUGUCAUUAUUGUUAACGGCGUUCGUACACAGUUCCCUCAAAUUGACCUCGAUCCCCCCACCACAGAAAUAGCCAAGAAAACCAUACAAACUAAAUUCACACGAUCUACAGAAUGGAGCAAACGCUUCACCAGAAGACACAGCGUUCGCCCCAAAGAGCCGCUAAUGAACUGCAUUGACACGAACCCUCCUCAACCAUUGGACACCAGUCUGCACACCACCUAUGUGAGUGACGAUGGACACACCCACCAGUUCUAUGAGCUAUGUCGGAGCAAGCUUCCUGGGGAAACCCCAUUCCUGGCCACUGUGGGCGUGGUCAACAAGGAGUGCCCGGAGGAGACGAGAUCCUCUUACACUGUGCUGAGCAGUAGAGUUACCAUGGAGAUAUGCAGAACUUUCAUGGAGAAACAUUGAACAAACUAACCAUUAAAAUAAUUGUCAAUGAAUAUUUUCGUCGUGUAUAAAUAAUGUACGUACUUUCAGUUGUCAAUAUUGUAAUGAGCAAUUGUCAAUAAUAACAU